AUGCUCCCCUUCGCUCCACUUCCCCAAACCGCCCCACGCCCUCCCCACGCCCUCGACGCGCCUGGCUCCCCUCCUCCUCUCUUCGCUUCUCCUGCCCUGCUCCCUCCCAUCCCUUGCUCCCCUUCUCGCUCCCCCGCCCUCGACGUCCCCGCACUCCCCGCUAUGUCGCCGUCCGCGCGCUCCUCCCCGCCUCCCCGGCGUGUCGCUGAGCGCUCCUCCCCGGCGUGUCUCUGCGCGCUCCUCCCCUGCGUGUCGCUGCGCUCCUCCCCCGCGUGUCGCAUCACGCUCCUCCCCGGCGUGUCGCGGCGCGCUCUCGGUGCGGCGCUGCGACCUCCCAAAUGCGUCGCUGCGCUCCUCCCCUGCGUGUCGCCGCGCCCUCCCCGGCGUGUCGCUGCGCGCUCCUCCUCUCGAUCUGGCGCUGUGCCCCGCCUCCCCGGAUGUGUCGACGCGCGCUCCUCUGGAUGUGUCGCUGCGCGCUCCUCCUUGAUGUGCCGCGCGCUCCUCUCAGAUCCGUCGCUGUGCCCUACGCCUUGGCGGAUCCUCCGCCCCGACGUGUCGACGCGCCCCUCCUCUGGAUGCGCCGCGCCCCUCCUCCUCCCAGACGCGGCGCAUCGCUCCUCUGGAUGGGUCGCUGCGCGUCCACCUCCCCGGCGUGUCGCUCCUCCCCGAUCUGUCGCCGCCCACCUCCCAGAUGCGGCGCUGCGACCUCCUCCUCGAUGUGUCGCGCCCCUCCUCCCCGAAUGUGUCUCUGCGCGCGCUCCUACCCGAUGUGUCGGUGUGCCCACCUCCUGGUCGGUGCGCGCGCCUUCCUCCCCUGCGUGUCGCGUCGCGCUCCUCCCCGGCGCCGCGCCCUCCUCCUCGAUGUGUCACCGCGCGCUCCUCCUGCUUGAGGUGCUGCGCGCUCCUCCUCCCCCGAUGCACGCACCUCCUCGACGCGGCGCUGCGCGCUCUUCCCCGAUGUGUCGCUGCGCCCACCUCCUCCUCCAGCGCCUCGCUCCUCCUCCUCGGUGUGGCGCAGUCCGCACCCUCCUCCUCGACGCGCAUCGCUCCUCUGGAUGUGGCGGGGCGGGACGAGGACUCCGUGGACGAGGUAGAGGGGGGGGAGUGCGGUGA